AUGCGACGACUUCCUCUUCAAAAGGCAGCAUAUUCUCCGCUUGCCACCCUGGGUACCAAUCAUCAACGGUUGGCACAUCCUUACGCCCAGGAACCAUUCCUGUAUCCUGUUCCAAAACCUCCUCCUGCCACCGAGAAGGCUCUGUCUAAGGUUGGCUAUGCGGACAAGAGUUUGCACGCGUUGAAAGAGCAGAUUGCCCCCGACCCACCGGCGCGCAGUACCUACUCGAGUCCCUCUGCGUCGUCACUGUCCUCAUCUCGCUCGUCUCGUCCCUCUUGCCUUCCUUCCGCGAACGCCUCGUCGUUGCAUCUAGACACUGAUGAGGCCUUCCCACUUACCUCUGCGUUUGAGAGACCUCUCAUGUCCGAUUCCGUCGCUUCCUCGUACAAUUCCAUGUCUUCUUUUCAAGAUAUUGAGUCUCUCUCUUUGUCGCCCCCUACCCCAUAUCGCACGCCUUCUCCUUCGCCUCCUCGUCUUCUACCUUCGGACGCCCGCUUACGACAGGCCACGCCUCAGCGACCUGCUGCGCUCCAGCGCACACAGACUGCCGCGCCGGUUGUAUCGCUCAAUGUCACGCAAGCGCAGCGCUCAGAUCGAUCUUCGGCCAUAGGCAGGGGCGAGCGCUCUCGGUCACCAAGCUCCGGCAUUGUUCCACCCCGGACGAGACGUAGUUCUAGCGUCGGCGCUGGACUCGACCUCACUAAGCUACGCGAUCCCACUCGCCGCAUGGGGACUGUUGUUGGGCGUGGCGCCGGGCGCGUCAUCAGCAUGUUCGAGUACGGGAAUGUAAAUGCUCGGUCGCUCGUAAGCGACGAAGACAUCGAGGGCUCGCUGGAAAAGGAUCACGCUGAUCGGCCGCGCGAUCCUGAGCGGGACCGGAGGCUGGCAGUGGAGCGCGAGAAAGAUGGCGUGCAGGGCUGCGGUAGUCCGGUGCUGGAGAGAGGCCGCGCCAGGGGCCGAGCUGGUGUUGCCGCUCCCAAGCGUACGCGGGCCCUCCCCGGCUGGCAGUGGAUGGAUGCACGCUAA